UGUAAACAAGAAAUGCGGGAGCGACAUCACGGUUUUAUUAUUAACCUAUGGAAAUAAACCACACUGAGAUUUUUAACUUUUGUAAAAGGGGAAAUGGCUCAACAACUUGUUGAUUGUCAAUUUUGUGAUACCAGUCGGAACAGAAGAGGAGGUGUACGAUGGAAAUGUUUAAACUGUGACCUUACUCUCUGUGAAAAUUGCAAGACCGGAAAACAUUCAAGAAUCAAAGAUUCAAAUCAACAUCGUAUUCUCGAUAUACAAACACUCGGAACUAUUCAUACGAUAGACUGGAUCCGGGAGGUGGAUCUACAAAAAAUUGUAUGCAUAGAGCAUGCAAAUAGAAAAUGUUAUCACUUUUGCAAAGAGUGUAAAAAGGCAAUUUGCCCUUCGUGUAUUCUUGAACAUUGUGGUCACAACCUGAUUGAGCUUGAAAUUAUUUACAAAGAUCAACAACAAAGAUUGAAAAAUAUGCAUAGAGAAAUUGAGGAGGAUUUGCAAACACUUCCUGGAAUCAUCGCAAUGAUAAGUAAGGAAGAGGAAGAAAUAUCCAGAAACUACGAUGACGUCAGACAAAAAAUAGAGCAGAGAGAAAGUGAAAUAAAAGUGCAAGCAACACAUGACGCAAAACGUCUUUUGAAAGAUCUAGAGGAUUUCCGAAAAAAUGAAAAUACAGUUUUAUCUAUGAAACAGCAAAAAGUACGCGAGUAUGAACAAAGUCUUAAACAUCAAAAGAACGAGAUCCAGGAAACUUUCAAAUCACACAAAGCAAUGUCCAUUCUAACAACUAUUGGACAAAUAGACAAAAAGAUUGCACUUGAAAAUAAUGUACACGGACCAAAACAAAAAUUCGUUUUCAAAACUCCAUCUUCUCAUUGCAUCGACUUUGGAUCUUUGAUUAAACUACCAGAACUUUAUAUCAAACGUAAAUAUCAAAUUGAAGAUAUUAAUGUUUCUGGAAUUAAAGGUAAACAUGGAAAUAACACUAUUAUGGUAUUUAAGAAGAACAAGCUAGGUGUAUAUUUUCUAGGAAAUGUCUCUUUCAGUGAUUCCAAAUGUAUCAUUUCAAAUGAAAAAGAAAUUUCGGAUGAUGUUUUUGACUUGACAAUAACAAAAGAUGGCAUUAUACUAUUUUCAAUGGAUCAAAGCUCGGAGAUAAAGUGUAUUACAAAAAACAGUGAAAUAGAAACCUUUUCAUCCAUUGAGUCAAAAAAAGUUCGAGGCAUUCAUGCCUGUGACAGUGGAAAUAUUUUUGUUGGAUUCUCUGGUUUUCAUGAUGGCGAACAAGGUGGUCUCUUAGUUCUGAACGAAGAAAAAACACAUAUUAAGACAUUUGAACUAAACAAAAACAAUGAACACAUAUUUUCUUUCCCUAAUAAAAUUACAACCAACAAAAAUGGUGACAUUUGUGUUAUAGAUCAUAGAUUCUAUGUACGCACGGUCGUUGCAUUAAAUGAAGAAGGUCACGUGCAAUGGACCUAUAAUGCGCAUGAGAUGGAACCAUUUAAUCCUUAUGACAUAGUGACAACAUCUACAGGUUACAUUGAACUUGCUGAUAAUAUACUAGUUGAAAUUGAGUCAUCAAGUAUGGAUAUACUGAUUGGAAAUUAUUAUUAUUUAGAUUUAAUACUUUUACAAAGAAUUGAGAUUCAACCUGAGUUGUACCUUCUUGCCUCAAAACUUGGGUGGAUAAUUACAGGAAGAGCAAAAGAUACUUCUGAUUGUAAAGAUGAAACAGGACUGUUGAUUCUGUCACAUGUCAUUAGUGAUGUUGUUUCUGAAAAGACAAAUAUUAUGCCACGGGAAUGUGGAUUUAUUUCCCACCAGAUCUAA